GCGCUGCUGCGUGAGACCGCGCACGAGGCGCACUUCUGGCGGCGGCGCGCAGAGGCCCUGGCGGACGAGCUGGAGCUGACGCCAGCGGCGCAGUACACGGCCGCCGCCCUGGGGGCGCGGGCCGUGGCCGCAGCCAUCGCGACCGCCACCUGCGCCGCGGGCGGAGCGCCUCGCCAGGCGCCUCGCAGCUCGGACUCCGCGCACGGGUCCGAGGAGUCUUGCGAGACGGCCGAGGACGAGCAGCUCCCGCAGCUGGCGGCCGAGGCCUGCGUGCAGGCCGCGGAGGUGCCGCAGGUUAUGGCCCAGGGGACGACCGUGGAGGUGCCGACAGCGCUGCAGGUGGAGCAGCCCGCGGAAGCGUCGCAGGCCCCCCUGGCGGAGACUCAGGCGGCCCGCCCCGAGUUCCCGCACAUCGGCAGGGAGGUGCCCCCCGUGCGGAUCGUGGAGGUGCCGCAGGCCCAGGAGAGGAUCGUGGAGGUGCUGUUCGCGCUGCAGGCGGAGCAGCCCGUGGCAGUGCCACAGGAGCCCCCCGCGUGGCUCGUGGAGUUCGCCGAGCAGGCCGUCGAGGCCCCCAUGGUGCACAUCGUGGAGUGCGUCAUCGAGCUGCGGCCCGAGGUCCGCAGGCAGCUCCACCCUGGCGCCUGGCAGCGCGCGGGGGUCGCGCUCGCGGCGCUGCUGGGCCUGCUCCUGCGGCUGGCGGAGGCCGCGGAG